AAGAGUCUCACUCUGUCGCCCAGGCUGGAGUGCAGUGGCAUGAUCUCGGCUCACUGCAACUUCCUCCUCCCGGGUUCAGGCAAUUCUCGUGCCUCAGCCUCCCUGAGUAGCUGGGAUUACAGGCGCCCACCACCACGCCCGGCUAAUUUUUGUAUUUUUAGUACAGACGGGGUUUUGGCAUGUUGGCCAGGCUGAUUUUGAACUCCUGACCUCAGGUGAUCCAUCAGCCUUGGCCUCCCAAAGUGGGGAUUACAGGCAUGGGCCACUGCACUCGGCUGUAUUUAAGAUUUUCGAUGCAUGUGCACAAGUGAGAACAAUCAAAUUUUCCAUUUUUAGAAAUCUACUUCGCAUUUUGUUACCUUUGAUCACAACAAGAGGAACUCAUUCUUGUUAAGCCAAAGUAUAAUUUAUUGGAAAGAUACAGUUUACAUAACAGCAGAGAAGGCUGAUGAACCAGAUUCAGAAAGACACAGGGAGCACUUCAGCUUCUCAUCUUCAAUGUGAAUAAACCUCAAUCAUUUUCUUUGCAUUAUUUCAAAGAAUUCAUCUAAUUAGCUUAGUUUGGGUCUCAUCCUCAUUAAAAAGUUAAGGAAAGUAGCUGACAAUCUCACCAAAGCUCUAUACAAUUGCAGAUGAGUUAAUUCUCUAAAAGUUAACUGAGGUGCUACCACUAGAAAAAAAGAAAUGGAGGCAAGACAGAUAAAAUCAAGAGAUGGUCAUAUUGAUUAAACGGUAUGUCUUAAAUUUUCCUAUGCCCCAAAAUAGGGAAAUUAACAGCUACCUUAAAUUAGAAAUGACUAAGUGAACAGUUUUCUCCGGGACAUUUGUAGAGUCCUUUCUCAAUUUCUUCCCAAUUAUUGUUCUAUUCAAAUUUCUCACCUCUAAAAUAAUCAACUUUAAAGAUAGCUAUAAUUGAUCACAUCCAUAUCAAAUAAGCAAUAAUUACUUCGGUCCAUGUCCCCUCACUCUCAGAUUUUAACCUAUAUACCAGGUGCACCUAUGUAUCUCAUUUUGAGUUCAGGCUCAUUGAAUUUUAAAGACCACUUCAGACCUCAAAUAGGCAGUAAGUUUAUAAAAGUCACCCUUGUCUGCCUCAAUAUAUAGAAAUUUUUCUUUACUGUUGGUGAUCUAUCUGUUACUCAGAUUCAUUGCCAAGUAAUACAGCAUAGUGUUUGGGAGUGUCAAGUUUUAAGUCCAACUGAUUUAGGUUUCUAGCCCUGCUCUGCUCUUUUUCUUAGCUGUGUAAACUUGGCCUGUUUACUUUUCCUCCUUUAGUUCGUUCUUUCCUCUGUAAAAUGUAGACACCAGGGAAACAAGAACCUGAAAUUUCGCAAUUAUUUUGAGAAUUCUCUUUUUGAGAAUAAUCUUAAAAUGUUUUAGGGUCUUCAAAAAAUGGUUUUGCCUGUCAUCUCUGUCUUCAUCCUAUUAUAGGUCCACGAAGUAAGUAUGAAGAGAAACCAGUACAGGCCAAGUGGACCGAGUACUAGCAUACAGGUUCCGGUCCCAGCUCUAUCAUUACAGCUUUGUAUCCUUGGGCAAACUAAUUUUCUGUUAAAGUAUCAGCAAAAUAUGGAGUCUUUAAUACAUUAACGGUUUUCAAAGCCUAAUCAUAUAGAAAUACCUGUGUUAUACCACCAGUAAAACUGAAUAAUGACCCUUUCCAUCAUUAAAUUUUGGACAGAAUAUUUUCAACUUGUUUUUUUCUCCUGUACAUUCUUCAAAUAUCCAGACUGUUGAUGUCUUAAAAACCCAAAACAUGGCACUAUUCUGUCUGGCUUAUCAAAUUAUUUUUUUAAUACAACACACACUCAUUUUUCGCUAGCAAAACUGCUUAUAAUGGCACUAAAUACACUAACAUACUGUGUUUUAGUACAAAGCAGUAAUACUCAGAUUACUCUCAGGAAAUCCGCAAGCUGAGUAAAUCUGAAAAGAAGAUCUUGUAACCACCCUUCCAAUCGACUUAUGUAGGGUUCUAUGGCCCUAAUUAAAAAACAAGAAAACUUUAGCUCUCAAGUCCAAAGGGGACUGCCCAACUCAGUCUCAGGCUUCUAUUUCGCAUCUGGGGAAAAAAGAAACACAAAAGGGAAAUGCUGCCUCCUUGAUUCUGGAGGUGGUGACGAGAGCGGGGCCCACUGGGGAGCGAUUUCAAUUAAAGGGUCGGACAUAGCCGUCUCGGCCCCUAGCAGUCUCCGCACUCACUGCCUCCUUCUCGAACAUGCUAGGCCUCCUCUCUUUCCUAGCCGUCACCGGAGCCUGCUGAGGGGUCUGGUUCGGGGUCUGGAUGGGGCUCGACUUCACGCCUCGGCCUCGCUUCUCCAUCUCGCUCUGUUCUCCAAGACGCCCACCGCCUCCCCUUCUCCGCCGGCGGUCAAACGCCCCAGCCGCUCCCGCGAGGGCGGAAGUCUCCCACCUGCGCCUCGUACGGUGGGAAGGGCCUGCCAGGGCUCCAAGGCGCCUGGAGGAGGGGCGCGCAGGCGCCUGCGUCAUUCACGCGCGCCGCAGCGGGGCACCGGAAGUCAUGGAGGUAUUAAUAGGUGACCCUAUUACCACAUGUCUUUCUCCCUCAGUGUAUGAUAUAAUUUGUAAUCUUGGGUUUCAACUCAGAGAAAAUUGUGAUAUCAAUAGCAUUGUAACUCAGAAUGGUGAAGUAUGCUGGAAAACAAUCACAGACUGUGUGAGCUACACAGAGUCAGACCAGGGUCUGGAUUACUGGGGAAGUGUGAGGCUGCUGGGCCCUGUGUGUGAGGCUGUCCAUUCACAUUUCUUAUCUCUGACCAAGGGGCAAUUUGAAAUUCAAUAUGCACCGUGGUUCCAGUGGACAAGUUUUCCAGAGUUAUUUCCCGAAAUAUUUGAUGCCUUGGAAAGUCUACAAUCUCCUGCUAUUUCUCUUAGCUUAAUGAAACUGACGUCAUGUCUAGAACGAACCUUGGGUGAUGUAUUUUUACUGAUUGGGAAGGAAUGCCCCUUUCUUUUAAGAGAUCUGCUUGCAUCUGAGGAGCUUGCUCAAGUCUUCGGGCAGUCUGUGAUGAAUGUGCUAAAAGUCUUCGUUGGCUCUCCGUGUGGUCUCAACCUGCGUAACAUCUUAUGGCAUGGGUUUGCGUCACCUGAAGAAAUUCCUCCAAAAUACUGUUCAAUGAUGAUACUGUUGACAGCAGGAUUGGGUCAGUUACUGAAGAGUUACCUUCAAAACACUAAACUUACAUUGGCACAUCGCUCUUUCAUAACUCUUACAAACCUCGAGGAUUUGAUUGUUUUUCCUGAUGUUACUUAUGAGGUGCUUUCAGUAUUAGACGAAGUGAUGACGAAAUCUGCUUUUAUAUUAAAAAUCAUGUUACCAUAUUGGGAAGUUGCACUGGUCAAGUUCAAGUCACACAGAUUUGCUGACUGCGCCAUAUUGUUGCUGACACAACUAGAGACUGGACUUAGGAAUGUUUUUGCCACACUUAACAGAUGUCCAAAAAGACUCCUGACUGCUGAGUCAACAGCUCUUUAUACCACCUUUGAUGAAAUAUUGGCAAAGCACUUGAAUGAUGGUAAAAUCAAUCAGCUCCCUCUUUUCCUUGGAGAGCCUGCUAUGGAAUUUCUCUGGGACUUCCUGAACCAUCAGGAGGGUCCCCGCAUAAGAGAUCAUUUAAGCCACGGGGAGAUCGACUUACAUGAAUUUUCAAAAGAAACAACUAAUCAGUUGCUUGCAUUUUCUGUUGUACUGUUACUCAGAUUCGUUGAUGAAGGUCUGCUAUCAGUUUUUAAGGAAAAAGCAGCAGUAGAAUUGUUGAUUAGUCUUGCAGAAGGCUAUAGUUCUCGCUGUCAUCCGGUUUUUCAGCUUAAAAAACAGGUGCUGAGCUGUGAGGAGAGCAUCAGGGUUUGGGCUCUGCUGCCUUUCCCCGAAGAACUCACUCGGGAAGCAGUCAGAUUAGAAGAUAAUUCUGAAACAAAUGCCUGCCACUCUUUAAUUACAAAAAUAACAGAUGAGCUGUAUCACCAUAUGCCUGAGAAUCAUUGUGUGUUAAAGGACUUGGAUCGUCUUCCUACUGAGAUGUGGCCCCAGCUGCUCCGUGAGCUCUGCAGCACACCUGUUCCCACCCUGUUCUGCCCCAGGAUUGUGCUGGAAGUGGUGGUUGUGCUCCGAAGCAUCGGCAAACAGUGCCACCGUGUGUCCAGCCAGGUCACCGUUGCCUCGGAGCUGAGACACAGGCAGUGGGUGGAAAGGACGCUGCGGUCUCGCCAGCGGCAGAACUACCUGCGUAUGUGGAGUAGUAUCAGACUACUAUCCCCUGUGCUCAGCCUGAUACUGUUACUCAUCGCGCUGGAGUUGGUCAACAUUCAUGCUGUUUGUGGGAAGAAUGUGCAUGAGUAUCAGCAGUACCUAAAGUUUGUAAAGUCGAUCUUGCAGUACAUGGAGAACCUAGUGGCUUACACCAGUUACGAAAAGAACAAGUGGAAUGAAACUAUCAAUCUUACACAUACAGCUUUGUUGAAAAUUUGGACUUUUAGUGAGAAGAAACAAAUGUUAAUACAUUUAGCCAAGAAACCCACAAGUAAAGUACUCUUAUGAAAACUUGUAA